GCCCCAUUUUUCCAGUGUCAUUACUUGGGUUCAAAUCCCAGUUUCCCUGUUUACUGGCUAUAACUGCUUUGGAGAAAUAUUACAUAUUUGUGUCUUAGUUUUCUCACCUGUAAAAUUAGAAUUAUAACAAGAACAUAGCAACAGUAUAUCUCAUUGAAUUGAUGGAGGAUUUAGUGAGUGUAGACUUCUGAAACUCAGAAAAGUAUCUGGCUUAUAGUAAAAGCCAUUAGUGGGAGUAGUUUUUAAUAAUUGGAUAUUUCUGACCAUUUAAAAAAUGCCUCUUUUCCCCCCAAAAUUUAGGAGGAUAUGGCAAAAAAAGUAGUCGUAGUAAAAAAUGGAGGGAGAUGCUGAAGCUGCCCCCUGUUAGCCAGUGCAGUCAUCUCAGACAUUCUAUCGAAAAAGACUAUAGCAGUCUUUGUGACAAGCAGCCGAUAGGAAGACUCCUAUUCCGUCAGUUCUGUGACACCAGACAGGACCUGAAGAGGUGCAUUGAGUUCCUGGAUGCAGUGGAAAAAUAUGAAGUCGCUGUCGAUGAGGACCGAAGAGAGAGUGGAAUAUUAAUCUUAGACACAUUCUUCAUUAAGGAGCCAGCUGCCUUACAGCCAGGUACCAGGACAGCGGGGAAAGCAUCACCUUUCAGUGAACGGUGCUGGGACAACUGGACAUCUACAUGCAGAAAGAUGGAGUUGGGCCCUUACCUCACACUAUAUACAAAACAUAAUUCCAGAUGGAUCGAACACUUAAAUGCCUCAGCAGCCCCUUUGCCACAGAUACCUCCCAAUGUUGUGAAAAGGUGCAGGUUGCAACAGAAGAACCACCCCUCCAAAGAAGCCUUCCAGGAAUGUACCAGAGCUGUCCAUUCCUAUUUAACUGGAAAGCCAUUUGAAGAAUAUCAAGAAAGCACAUAUUUUUCUCGAUUUUUACAGUGGAAAUGGCUGGAAAGGCAACCAGUAACAAAGAAAACAUUUAGACAUUACAGAGUUCUAGGAAAAGGUGGAUUUGGAGAGGUUUGUGCCUGUCAAGUGAGAGCUACAGGGAAAAUGUACGCCUGCAAAAAACUAGAGAAAAAAAGAAUAAAGAAGAGGAGAGGUGAAGCCAUGGCACUGAAUGAGAAGAGACUCCUAGAGAAAGUGCAAAGUAGAUUUGUAGUUAGUCUGUGCUACACUUACGAGACCAGAGAGUUCCUGUGCUUGGUGCUCACCAUUAUGAACGGAGGGGACUUGAAGUUCCACAUCUACACGCUGGGCAGCCCUGGCUUUGAUGAGCGGAGAGCCAUUUUCUAUGCUGCGGAGCUGUGCUGCGGCCUGGAGGACCUGCAGAAGGAAAGGAUUGUGUACAGAGACUUAAAGCCUGAGAAUAUUCUCCUCGAUGAUCAUGGACAUAUCCGGAUUUCAGAUCUUGGUCUAGCCAUGGAGAUCCCACAAGGGCAGACGAUUCGAGGAAGAGUUGGGACCGUCGGCUACAUGGCUCCUGAAGUGAUCGAUAAUGAGAACUAUGCAUUUAGUCCUGACUGGUGGGGACUUGGCUGUCUGAUAUAUGAGAUGAUUCAGGGACACUGUCCCUUCAGAAAGUCCAAAGAGAAAAUCCAGCGGGAGGACCUGGAGCGGCGAGUAAAGGAGGAUGCGGAGGAGUACUCCAGGAAGUUUUCGGAGGACGCCAAGUCCAUCUGCAGGAUGUUACUCACCAAGAAUCCCAAAAAUCGCCUGGGCUGCAAGGGUGACGGAGCAGCUGGUGUGAAAAAGCACCCUGUGUUCAAGGACAUUAACUUCAGGAGGCUGGAAGCACAUAUGUUAGAGCCCCCCUUCCGCCCUGACCCACAUGCCAUUUACUGUAAGGAUGUCCUGGACAUCGAGCAGUUCUCCAUGGUGAAAGGCAUCCAGCUGGACCCCACGGACACCGUCUUCUACAAGCAGUUCGCCACGGGCUGUGUCUCCAUCCCCUGGCAGAAUGAGAUGAUUGAGUCUGGAUGUUUCAAGGACAUCAACGAGUGUGAAAACAGGAAAGCUGAGAAAUCGAACCAAGAGAGCAACACCUGUGAGCCUGUUCCAAAGCCCAAGCGAAAGAGAAACUUCUUCCAUAACUUCUUCAGGAGAUGGGGCUGCCUUCGUUAACCCCGAGCCAUUGAGGAGGAGGAGCUGCCCGCGGAUCGCGAUGCUCACUGCGCAGAGCCCGACCCCACGCCCAGGAGCUGGCUCAGUGCUC